GCUAUCCAGCCUGUCAUCACCUUACCGAACAAACCGUUCAGGUCUUGACCGGCACUGCGUCUUGUGCAAUACACCUCUCAGCCUCAAACCGCAAAGAUGUCUUACCAAAAGCCCGAGAAGGAUUUCGGCGAAGGCCCAAAAAUCCACAAGAUCCGUAUUACCUUGACCUCCCGCAAGGUUGCUUCCCUCGAGAAAGUCUGCCAGGAGCUCAUUGAGCGUGCCCGCUCCAAGUCGCUCCACGUCAAGGGCCCCGUCAGACUUCCCACCAAGACUCUCACCAUCUCCACUCGCAAAACUCCUUGCGGUGAGGGUAGCAAGACCUGGGAUCGAUUCGAGAUGCGGAUUCACAAGCGCUUGAUUGACUUGAACGCCCCUACCGAGACGGUUAAGCAGAUCAUCAUCAACAUCGAGGCUGGUGUUGAGGUCGAAGUCACCAUCGCCGCAUAAGCGACCUAGCGAAGGAUAAACCUUGAUCGGAUGCCCGGAAAUCGAGCUCGAUCAUUAUGCCCUGCUUAAUGGAUGUUAUGAUACUAUGAACUGUAUUACAAUAUCGAAAUUAAAACGUUGAGCAGUGUUGAAUCGCAGCCUCCUUC